AAGUUUUUUCUAAAAAUACUUAGGGGCUCCGUAAAAGAAUUUAAGUUAAAAAAAAAAACUUCUGGUUACUUAUUAGAACUUGUUUUUGUAAAAGUUAAAGUAGUAAAAGAAAAUCUGAUUUUUAACUGGUGCACUCUAGAAAGUAACUGUGUUUUGUUUUUUUUUUUUGUUUUCUAAAAAUUGAAUUAACAAGAAAAUGUUCUGGUUACUAAGUGAUGCACCAGUUACUUACUCGUAACUGGUGCAUUACUAACCAGAAUUCUUUUUUUUCAUUUCAAUUUUUAGGAAAGAAAUUACUUCAUUUUUUUUUCUUGAAUUUCUCUUUAGGGCCUCCGUACCUUUGGAAGUAAUACACAAAGUCAGUGUUUUAAAAACAUGUUUUUUAAAUGUUUGGUUGACCAGGCAGUUAAAGAGUUAAAGACCAUCUUUGAUUAUCUGGAUCUAUUGAAAAAAUGUCCGGUCUUUAUUGAUAAAUCAGUGUCCCAGCUGAGCUGCAGCUCCCCAGCGGGGAGUCUCUGGCGCUCACAGAUGUGUAAAAAAGGACGCGUCCCUCUCCCCAGCCCAGGCUGUGGUUCUGCUGAGAGUGCUGGACGCUGAGCUCCAUGAAGAAUAGGUUUAAAGGGCUUGAAUGCCUUCUGCUGAGGCAGGGCCUCUGCCAGCCCCCUUUGCAGGCCACUGCCACAGCUAGCUUUGUAUCCCCCAACAAUGAUGGCACCCGCGGCCAGGCAUGUAGGGGACAUUGUUGGCCCCAGCCAAUGGGAGGGCAACGAACGGACAUCUAUGUGAUGUGUGAUUUCCUGUGCAUGUUUGUGCACAUGAAUGGCUGAGGUGAAUGCAUGAGUGUUUGCAUCUGCUCAGUGACGAAGAGGAGGGGGCGUCACGCCAGGAAGGAGCCAAUCACAUACCAGCUGUUUGGAUUUAUGCCAGAGUCUUUUGGCCUGUAAGACUUCAGUACGAGUGUCCGUGGCCUGUUGCUCAAAAUUUAAAAAAAAGCCUGCUGAGAAGAGAUGCCAUACUCACCGUCGGGCUUUUUCUGCGACCGGCUGAUCCGGGAACGGGAACGGAGGGACGGUGAAGGCUCCGUCACCAAGCCCCUCCGCUUCAACGGUCAGGACUUCAGCACCUUGAGGCAGGAGUGCCUGCAGAGGAAGGGCCUGUUCGAGGACGACUCCUUCCCCGCCACCGUCGAGUCUCUGGGCUUCAAGGAGCUUGGCCACAAGUCCAACAAGGUCAAGAACAUCGUCUGGAAGAGGCCAAAGGAAAUCUGUGACAACCCCCAGUUCAUAGUCGGGGGGGCCAGCAGGACUGACAUCUGCCAGGGAGAUCUGGGUGACUGCUGGCUGCUGGCCGCCAUCGCCUGCCUCACGCUGAACGAGAAGCUGCUGUUCCGAGUGGUUCCUCAGGAGCAGAGCUUUUCCGAGAGCUACGCCGGCAUCUUCCACUUCCAGUUCUGGAGGUAUGGCGACUGGGUCGAUGUCGUCGUCGACGACCGCGUCCCGACCUUCAACAACCAGCUGGUCUUCACCAAGUCAGCGGAGAGAAAUGAAUUCUGGAGUGCCCUGCUGGAGAAGGCCUAUGCCAAGCUUCACGGCUCCUAUGAAGCCCUGAAGGGCGGAAACACCACUGAGGCCAUGGAGGACUUCACCGGGGGCGUCACUGAGUUUUAUGAGAUGAAGGAAGCUCCCAAAGAGCUCUACAAGAUCAUGAAGAAAGCUCUGGAGAGAGGCUCCCUGAUGGGGUGCUCCAUCGAUUCUCUGGUUCCUGCUCGCUUUGAGACGCGCACGGUGACGGGGCUGGUGAAAGGCCACGCCUACUCUGUGACGGCCGUGGACGAGUGUCGGCCGUCUCAGCUCAAGGAGUCCAAGGUUCGGCUGGUGCGCCUCAGGAACCCGUGGGGUCAGGUGGAGUGGAACGGACCCUGGAGUGACAACUCGAAGGAGUGGGCCGCCCUCUCCAAGGCGGAGAAGGAGAAACUGCAGCACCAGAGCGCCGAGGACGGGGAGUUCUGGAUGUCCUUUGAUGACUUCAAGAAGAACUACACCAAGAUUGAGAUCUGUAACCUGACUCCAGACGCGUUGGAGUCCGAUAAGAUCCACAAGUGGACGGUUUCUGUGAACGAGGGCCGCUGGGUGCGGGGCUGCUCCGCCGGCGGCUGCAGGAACUACCCAGACACUUUCUGGACCAACCCUCAGUACCGCCUGCGCCUGCUGGAGGAGGACGACGACCCGGAUGACAACGAGGUGGCCUGCACCUUCGUGGUCUCGCUGAUGCAGAAGAACAGACGGAGGGAACGCAAGAUGGGAGCCAACCUCUUCACCAUCGGGUUCUCCAUUUAUGAGGUCCCCAAAGAGAUGCACGGCAACAAACAACACAUGCAGAAGGACUUCUUCCUCUUCAACUCCUCCAAGGCGCGCUCCAAAUCCUAUAUUAACCUGCGCGAGGUGACGCAGCGCUUCCGGCUGAGCCCCGGCGAGUACGUCAUCGUCCCCUCCACCUAUGAGCCGCACCAGGAGGGGGAGUUCAUCCUGCGCGUCUUCUCUGAGAAGAGGAACACCUCCGAGGAAAUAGAGAACAGGAUCGAAGCCGACCAUCCAGUGCCAGCACCGGCCUCGGCAGGGGAGGAGAGCGAGGAGGACCACCAUUUCCGGACUAUUUUUCAGGAAAUAGCUGGUGAGGACAUGGAGAUCACAGCCAACAAACUGAAAAACGUUCUGAACAGAGUGAUCACUGAGCGUAAGGACCUGAACACGGAGGGCUUCAGCCUGGAGAGCUGCAGGAGCAUGAUCGCUCUGAUGGACGUAUCCUUCAUGGACGGGACCGGCAGACUCAACCUGCAGGAGUUUAGACAUCUGUGGAAUAAGAUCAAGCAGUGGGAGGGAAUCUUCAAACAUUACAAUGCCGACCAGUCCGGCAGCAUCAACAGCUACGAGAUGAGGAACGCCGUGAACGAUGCAGGCUUUCGCCUCAACAACCAGCUGUAUGACAUCAUUACGAUGCGCUAUGCCAACGAGAACAUGAACAUCGACUUCGACAGCUUCAUCAGCUGCCUGGUUCGCCUGGAGGCCAUGUUCAGAGCAUUCCAGGCCUUCGAUCAGGAUGGAGAUGGAACCAUCAGACUCAGCGUGCUGGAGUGGCUCCAGCUGACCAUGUACGCCUAGAGAGGGUGUCUUCUCGCAGAGCUCCACAGCAGGACCAGACCUGCCAGCCUUUACCUCAGCGUCCCCCCUCCCAGCAGCGGUGCUCCCUGCACGUUCUUCAUUUUCAUAUCUCCAUUUCUGACCUUUGUUGGAGCCGGUCUCUCUUCAAUAAAACAACCAAUCCUGGGUUUCUAUCCCGCAGUGGAUGAACUCAGGCUUCCUCCGUGUGCCAGAAACAGGAACUUCUCCAACCACCCGUCUGCCGGGGGGAGGGUCCCAUCAGGGCGGGGCCCCGGCCAGAUUGGAUUCUACUCAUUCUAAUAAUAAGCUUUAUUUUCUUGUUUUCAUCUGAACACUAGUUCUGUUUGUUUUUGACUAAACAGUGGAUUUUAAUAGAACAAAGUUUACAUUUUUAAUCUCAAAUUUGUACAUUUGAGCUGUUUUUAAAAACAGUUUUAAAGGAAAAUCGGUAGAUAUGAUAUUAGACAAAUUGUAAGCAAAUGUUGGAUUUUCAAACCCCUCCCCAGAUUGGACGGGGAGUGGCAGACGGGUGGUUUUCCUCUGAAGGCUGUGGUCACAUGACUCUGUGCAUUUAUAGGCAUUUUACCCAAUAAAUACAUGUGAAGUUGUUGCUUUGACUGUGAUUUGCCUCUGCUUGAAGGAAAAUGUUUCCAUCAGAUGAAUAAUAAAAAAGUCAGGAGGCGUGCAAACGCUGCCAACAUGUUUAUUCAGAACAGCUUCUUAAAAUGCUCUUUAAAAAAACAGAUCCAGAAACAAAUGUCACUUUUGAAGAAACUCGGGAAUGCUGGUCAGAAGAGAACUGCACACUUUUAGCAGAAACACAGCGACCCACCCCGCCAAAAAAAACAAAAAAGA